UGGCUGCUGCUGUGAAGAGACAGGAUCCACCACGGGCGGCAAUGACUGCUCCACAUUAUCACAUGCAGUAAGAGACCCCUUAUAUUUCACCAGGGUGUUUCCUUCAAUUUCUCUGUGGUGGCCCCCGAAUUAUGGAACUCUCUCCCUGAUGAGGUAUGCCUGGCACCAACAUUGUUAUCCUUUCGGCGCCAGGAGAAUUCAGGAUGACUGACUGGUUUCUUGGCUCCACCCACACACCAUUAAAUAAAUCCCUUAUAAGCAUGUGCAUGGCCCUGCAGUUUAUAUCAAACCCUGCCUACAAGGGAGAACGUUUCAUCUCAUCAUCUGCUUUGCUCCUACCUCUUCUCUGACCUUGCAAUGGCUGCUGCUCCACAAAGGCGACAAGAACUAUGCACAGUAUCAUUUGCCAAGGCUGUUGUCUGUGAAUUUGUAGCCACCAUCCUCUUCAUUUUCAUUGCCCUGGGUGCAGCCUUCAGGUGGCCCUUACAACUGCCCAGCAUCCUCCAGAUCUCUGUGGCUUUUAGCCUAACCAUCGCUACCUUGGUCGAAGUGUUUGGUCCAAUCACUGGCGCAAAUAUCAACCCAGCUGUGACCAUUGCCUUUUUUGUAGCAAACCAGAUUUCCGUCAUCCGCUUGGUAUUCUAUGUGGUAGUACAGCUCCUGGGAGCCAUCAUUGGUGCAGGAAUGAUCUAUGCCGUGACACCCAGAGAUAUCCGCAGAACAUUAGCCCUCAAUGACCUUGCCGAUGGCACGACCCCUGGUGAGGCGCUGGUGGUGGAAAUUAUUCUAACUUUCACUGUGGUCAUGUGCAUCUUCUCUGCUACUGAUAAACGCAGGAGAGACGACAGGGGCAAUGCACCAUUGACUAUCGGACUGGCGUUUGGAAUGGCUCAUCUCACUGGGAUUUAUUAUACUGGCUGCUCCCUAAAUCCAGCUAGAUCCUUUGGACCUGCCGUCAUAAUGGGAAAAUUCAGUGGGGCUCACUGGGUCUUCUGGGUAGGCCCUAUCCUUGGCGCCAGCGUGGCCGCUGUAGUUUACAACUACCUUCUGUACCCUCACAGACUCAGCAUGCGUGAGAGGCUGGCUAUUGUUCAAGGGUUCAUUCUUCCAGAAGGUGAAAGGAGAGAGACACCAGACUCUGAAAGGCGCUGGACUUGAGCAUGUAGUGGGUUAUCACCACCCCACCACCAUCAAAGUGACAUCCACACAUAUUUGUUACAGUUAUAUACAACACAGAGAAGUCAUGUCUAACCACUGCAAAGAAAAUAGUGAGUCACUCCAGUCUAAAACCUAAGCAACUGGGAUGGCUGUCCACAUGUCACACCCACUUAGUUAACAUGCAGCCAAAGUAUUUAAGCCCAGACUGAACGGGCAGCAAGCCAACAAGCUGAUCAUAGAGCCCAACUGUCUGGCAAACACUGAGUAGAUUCUAUCUGUUGUGCAUUUAAAGGGCAUGGGUAUGAUGUUUGUGACUGGACCUUGGCAUUGCCUCUAGCCAAAAUUCAGGCUUGUUUGGUGGAAUGGCUUAUCAUUGCCCUUCCAGCAGGGGCAGGCUGCUUAAUCUCCUUGGCCCAUCAGCCAAGGUUUGGUGAGACUUCCCCCAUCAAGCAAAAGGCCCUACCCGUUAGCUGGCUCUGCAUCUACAUUUCCCCCAUUGAGAUCUGCCAGCUGCUUUUGGAUGCCACAGCCAGUACUGGUCUUCAGCAUCAGGUGUCUGAGGAAGGAGAAGCACUUGGCUGCUUCCAGGAGAGCCCAGGGUGGCCAAUGGCAUUUCAUGACAGCCCAAUUCACUUUCUUCUACCCAUUUCCUCAAAUGCACUGGCAGAAACACUGGAGUGGCUCCGCCAGUGCUUUUGCAUUAUGCCAAACUCCCACCAACUUGUCCUUCCCACUCUCCCUCCCAGGAAGGAACACCGACCCACAUACUGGGAAGCCAGCAUAGCAGCUCUGACUUACCUGGCAAGCCACCUCUCUGAGUUUCCCUCUACCUGUGUUGUUGUUGUUGGAGCAAGAUGAAAUUUUAAUUGAAGGGUGACUUGACUGUUUUCAACCGAUCAAUGAAGAAAUUUCCCAAUGAUUGAUUUGGUCCUACAUUACAAAUAUUUAUCCCGAUGGGGAGUUGUUGUUUUUACAUCACCUCCUAUAUAGACUAUGAUUCAUAAUAUUCUCAAACAUGAAAGGAUUAUGAUGUGGGGCUUUACUAAAUGAAUUUCUGUAACAUAAUCAGUUAUUGUUAAUAAAAAAAUCUGAAAAAGCAAUAUAAAAGGUAUCAAGAGUGAGGACUUUAAGGCAUUGUGAAGUGUAAGAAAGAAAAUAGUUACAAGGUUCUGGCAAAGUAGGUUCUAUUCCUGGAUGAGAUGGUUACCUCACUGCCCAACCUUUGCCAUGACCAAAUGGAGGAUGUUCAUGCGGUACUUUGCUUCUCCACCCACUGAAGUGGCAUAGAAACAAUUUGAUUAGCUGGAGGUUCAGGACAGACAAAGCAAAGCCCUUACUCACUCAGGACAUAAUUAACUUGAUGGAAUUUGCUGCCAUUGACAUGGUGAUAGCACUGGCCUACAUGGCUUUUUUAAAAGCAGCAAACAAAUUGAUAGAGAUUAGUCCUGUCAGCAGCUGCUAGUCAAGGCAGCAAAAUUAAAUCUAAAUUAUAUAGAGGCAACAUGUCUCUGAACACAGUUGAACAUAGAAAGCUGCCUUAUACCAAGUCAGACCAUUGGUCUAUGACACCCAGUACAGUCUACACUGACUGGCAAGGGCUCUCCAGGAUUUCAGACAAGGAGACUCUCCCCAGCCCUACCUGAUGAUGCCAGGGAUUGAACCUGGGACCUUCUGCAUGCAAGGCAGGUGUGCUACCACUGAGCUACUACUCUCCCAUUGUAAACAUUGGGUGAAGGAGAUUGUGGGCUUCUUACAUGCAUCUGGCUGGCUCUAUUUAGAGACUGAAUGCUAGGCUGUAUGAACCUGGCUCCUCUUAUGGUCUAAUGGGAGCACAUUCUUAUGGAAACAGAUCUGGAUACUCCAUUUUGCUGCAGCAGAAGGGAAAUAUUUCUGGCCUAUUACAAUGCACCAGUUACUUAUAAAGAUGAAACAGGGCAGGUCACACUUAAGGCUGACUCUCUCUUGACUAUUUGUACUCAAAUAUGGAUUCCCAAAUAUAAAAAUACAAGUUUGCCCCAUAAAGUGUGUGAAGUUUAAAAAACAAAAAACCACAAACAAUUUUAUGCCUUAUGAGUACCCACUGGGGGUAGGGUACCUCUUGGAUUUCAGUCUCCAUUUAGGGUUACCAUCAUUUUGUCAUUUCAAAAAGAGUACAUUUGGCUUCCAUAAGUGAAAAGUAAGAGUAUGCUGUUGCACCAUCUCAAAAAGAGUACAUGUACUCUUAAAAGAGUAUGGUUGGUAACCCUAUACUUGUCGUGUCCAGGGCUGGACUCAGGAAUCACACCAGUCGAUGAAAGCAAUUCAGUUUUCAUUAAUGUAAUAUCCAGACAGAGACUACGUCUCCUCAUGAAGCAACACAAUACACGUGUCCUGCGACAUGCAAGAGAGUUGACAGAACAAGGAAUUCCCACCCCCCCUUAUCCUUUUUAAGGGGACAUUCUGGUGCGAAUUCUCUCACUCCGCCUUAGGACAAUUUCUUCCCCGCCCCUACUCUCUCUCCCCCUGACUCGUUUUUCCCUUCUCCGGGUUCGUGGUGAGGGUGGAAGUUCUGCCUCCCCCUCCUCUUCUGAAGAUUCUGUUUCUGGGAUUGGAGAAAGGGGGGGUGAGCGUCAUGCCCAUCAGGCUGACUUUUCCCUGGCUGAGGAGGGAGUGGAAUCCCCCCUCCUUCUUGGUCUAACGGCUCUGGCUCAGUGAGGGGGGUAAGCGUGGGAAAUUCCUGAGUAGUGUCUGUAACUUUGUCUGCUGGAGUUUCAAGGCCUCUGCGGUCGCUGGGCAACACUAUCUCUGAGAGUUCUCCCUCCCCCUCUUCACCCAGCCCUGAGAAAGUGAUCUCCUCCUCAUCCUCUGAAGUGCUAGGGUCCCAAUCCUGUAUCCUGACAAUACUCCAUCUCAAGAUCACACUGGGCAUUAUGGUCAGGGACACAUUCUUAGUUCCAUCCCUCAGUCUGCCUGACUCCUUUCCAGCCCCUCGCAUGAUUAAAAUACAUUUCUGUGGUAGAGAGCCCAGGAAAAGGACAUUGGGGGUGUCUUUCAUCUGUAAGCCAUCCAUACCAUUACUGUUCUGCCUCAGCUGGGCUCUUUGUUAUUUAAUAGACUGCUUUCAGGGUUGUAUCUAGGGUUGCCAUAUUCCAGUUCCACAAAUUUGGGAUUUAAUAUUUGGAUUCUCCAGUUGUUUUGUUUUUGUGCCUAGGAAUUACCACCAAAAACUGGGGAAAGAUGUGAGAAAUCUUUUUUCAAAAAGCAACAUUUUCAGCCUUAAAUGCCUAGACUCUAGUUUCCAACACUAUGGAGUAUUUAUUGAUGGAUUAAGAGGAUUUAUAUCCUGCCCUUCUGCUGUUAAAAACAGAGCUCAGCACAGCUUACAAAUAUAAUAAAAACAAUAAAAAGACAUAAUCAAUAUAAAAACAUAAUAAAAACACAAAAUAGCAACAAACUUAAAGUAAGUCAGGGCAGCAGUACGGUUAACCAUUACAUAUACGAUAUAUUUCAGAGAUGUGGUGGGUGGAGAAAAACAAGAAGCCAAAAUAUUAGGAAAAUGAGUCUUUCACACCACAUGCUCAGUUCUAAAUACUGUUGCAGCAAGCUUUACAAGUUCCUCCAGUAUUCCACUGGUGCAGGCACUCAGACAUUCAAAGUAUCUGUAUGUUUCUUAGGUUUUAUAAAAGCAGAGCUUUGCUUAACUCAAAAUUUCUUCUCCCUUUGAUCAAUCACAUCUACACAGUUUCCACCUCCAUACUCAAAAUGAAACUGGGCCUGGAAGUGUGCAACAACCCCACACAUACCUUGCUAAUUAGAUUACCAAUGCCAGGAUGUCUGUCUUAUCGACUACUCUCCUGCUCCCCCCCCACCGGGCAUCAU